AUGAGACGGAGUGCACUAGGUCGGGCCGGGGCUGUCGCCUUCGUGGUGAGCGCCGGCUAUGUCUGUCUUGAUGGCCUAAGCUUCGUUGGGGCUGGUCUCUUUGGCAGCCGAUCCUUGUCCAGCGAGAUGAAGGGUUACAGGCUGGACAGGAUGCUUGAAGCCACGGAUGGCGACCGAUCAUUGCAGACCUCGGAAGGCUUCUGGAUCGGAGAGAAAGGCUUCGAGAAGUCGCAGUGGGCACAAGGCUACCGAUACCGCAUGCGGGCCUCGCCGGAGGAGUUCAAGAACGGCAUCGACUGUCCGGCUCCACUCCAGAUCGGCCCCAUCAAGUGGAAGGUGGGCGAAUGCUUCGGUGGAAGCGGCAACAACGACAAGCUGCGCCAGCUGAAGAAGGAGCUGGCCCAGGCCGGCCUCGACGACCCCAAGAAGCUCGCCGAGAACGAGUACUGGCUAAAGCGCUACGGCCGCAAGCGCUGGUACCCCAAGUACAUCAACCAGUCCGGUGCCAAGAAUCAGCAGGGCCUCUUGCGCGGCUUGGCGGCCUGGUCCGGCUACGACCCCCUCAAUGAGGAGCGUGGCAAGACGUGGAUCGAGGCGGAUUAUGGCAAGCCUCUCGUGGAGGGCAAGAAGGAUUAUCGGCUGCCUGGCCUCCUCACCAAGGAGCAAAUGCAGAUUGAGCUUGACAGCGGCAAGCUGCCCAAGCCCGGUCGGGCCGGGGCUGUCGCCUUCGUGGUGAGCGCCGGCUAUGUCUGUCUUGAUGGCCUAAGCUUCGUUGGGGCUGGUCUCUUUGGCAGCCGAUCCUUGUCCAGCGAGAUGAAGGGUUACAGGCUGGACAGGAUGCUUGAAGCCACGGAUGGCGACCGAUCAUUGCAGACCUCGGAAGGCUUCUGGAUCGGAGAGAAAGGCUUCGAGAAGUCGCAGUGGGCACAAGGCUACCGAUACCGCAUGCGGGCCUCGCCGGAGGAGUUCAAGAACGGCAUCGACUGUCCGGCUCCACUCCAGAUCGGCCCCAUCAAGUGGAAGGUGGGCGAAUGCUUCGGUGGAAGCGGCAACAACGACAAGCUGCGCCAGCUGAAGAAGGAGCUGGCCCAGGCCGGCCUCGACGACCCCAAGAAGCUCGCCGAGAACGAGUACUGGCUAAAGCGCUACGGCCGCAAGCGCUGGUACCCCAAGUACAUCAACCAGUCCGGUGCCAAGAAUCAGCAGGGCCUCUUGCGCGGCUUGGCGGCCUGGUCCGGCUACGACCCCCUCAAUGAGGAGCGUGGCAAGACGUGGAUCGAGGCGGAUUAUGGCAAGCCUCUCGUGGAGGGCAAGAAGGAUUAUCGGCUGCCUGGCCUCCUCACCAAGGAGCAAAUGCAGAUUGAGCUUGACAGCGGCAAGCUGCCCAAGCCCGGUGCCUGA